ACGCUGGAAAACAAACAUACGUCGAAGCCUCCGUGCCUUUAGCAUAUAAUUCCGCCUCCUAUAUGAUUUCUCAAUUGGUCAUUUACAGUAUCAGCAUCACGCCCCCGCCGCCGCUGUUCUCUUCCACCCUCUCUCCAAUGGACGGAGGAAUGUAGUCUUGGUUGGCCACUUUAAAAAUAGCACAUCUCGCCUCUGAGAGCGCGCGGCUCCGGUGGCUGCCCUGCACUGUGCUGCGAGGAGUGGGGAUGCCAACAUGGCUACAGACCUCGGCGAAUUGCUGGUCCCCUACAUGCCUACCAUCAGAGUGCCCAAGACCGGAGACAGAGUAUUCAAAAGCGAGUGCGCCUUCUCCUUCGACUCCCCGGAAUCUGAGGGAGGCCUGUAUGUGUGCAUGAACACAUUCCUGGGCUUUGGACGAGAACACGUGGAGAGACACUAUCGCAAAACAGGCCAGAGUGUUUACAUGCACCUCAAGCGACACAUCAAGGAAAAAUCCACAGGAGCUGCAGGAGGUGCAAUUCCCAGGCGACGGAAUGGAAAAGUAUUUUUAGAUUUAGAGCUAAACCGUGAUUUUAACGGUGAGGACUAUGAGUACGAGGACGAGGCCAAGCUUGUAAUAUUUCCAGACCACUUUGAGAUCGCCUUACCAAAUAUUGAGGAGUUACCCGCUCUGGUAACCAUCGCCUGUGAUGCAGUGCUCAAUGCGCCGUCAGCCUAUAAAAAACAGGAGCCUGAAUCCUGGGAGGAGGAGAUCCAAGUAUCCAGACACGCCAGAAGCCUCAGACAGCUGGACAAUGGAGUCAGAAUCCCCCCAAGUGGCUGGAAGUGUCAGAAGUGCGAGAUGAGAGAGAACCUGUGGCUGAACCUGACGGAUGGCACCAUUCUCUGCGGGAAGUGGUUCUUUGAUGGCAGCGGUGGGAACGGCCACGCUCUGGACCACUACAAAGAGACCAAACACCCGCUGGCUGUCAAACUGGACACCAUCACCCCAGAUGGAGCAGAUGUUUAUUCGUUUGAGGAAGAGGAAGCCGUGCUAGACCCACAAUUAUCGGAUCACCUCUCCCACUUUGGAAUAGACAUGCUACAGAUGCAAAAAAAAACAGAGAAUGGCCACCACACAGACAAUAAUGCCCGGCCACGCGUCAGCGAGUGGGAAGUGAUCCAAGAGUCGGGCAUGAAACUGAAAACGGUGUACGGUUCCGGUUACACGGGCAUCAAAAACCUCGGCAACAGCUGCUACCUUAGCACAGUCCUGCAGGUUCUCUUCAGCAUCCCAGACUUCCAGAGGAUGUAUGUUGGGAACCUUCAGAGGAUAUUUGACUAUUCACCUCUCGACCCCACACAGGACUUUGCCACACAAAUGGCUAAAGUGGGCCAUGGGCUCCUCUCAGGCCAAUACUCCAAACCACCCAUGAAAUCUGAACUCAUUGAACAGGUGAUGAAAGAAGAAUACAAGGUAUUAAACCGGCACCAACAGAAAGGCAUCUCCCCCCGGAUGCUGAAGUCUCUGGUUAGCCGGGGACAUCCGGAGUUUUCCUCCAACAGGCAACAAGACGCACAAGAAUUCUUCCUGCAUAUGAUCAACUUGGUGGAGAGAAACAGUACAAGCUCAGAGAAUCCAAGUGAUGCCUUCCGUUUCCUGGUGGAGGAGCGAGUCCAGUGCUGCCAGUCACGCCGGGUUCGAUACACUCAGCGGGUGGACUACUGCAUCCAGAUGCCAGCCCCCGUCGAGGCCGCAACCAAUCGAGAGGAACUGUUGGCAUACGAGGCCAAGCGGAGGGAAGCCGAGGAGAACACGAGAGCCCCCCCUGAGCCAGUGAGGGCUCGCAUCCCUUUCACCGCCUGCCUGCAGGCCUUCACUGAGCCUGAGAACGUGCCAGACUUCUGGAGUUCGGCGCUGCAGGCAAAGUCAGCCGGAGUCAAAACAUCCCGCUUUGCCUCAUUUCCCGAAUAUCUGGCAGUCCAAAUCAAGAAGUUCACAUUUGGAGUUGACUGGGUGCCCAAGAAACUAGAUUUGGGCAUUGACGUACCAGACUUCCUGGAUCUGAGCCGUCUGAGGGCCACAGGGCUGCAAUCAGGUGAAGAGGAGCUUCCUGACCUCAUGCCGCCCAUUGUGCUGCCUGAAGACACCAGAGAUAACUCCAUGAGCUCCUUAGAUUCUCCGGAAAUAGAUGAGGCAGCAGUAAUGCAGCUGGCAGAGAUGGGCUUCCCGCUAGAAGCCUGCAGAAAGGCCGUCUACUAUACUGGCAACAUGGGUCCCGAGAUGGCCUUCAACUGGAUCAUAGCCCACAUGGAGGAGCCUGACUUUGCCGAGCCUCUCACGUUGCCCUCCAUGUUGGGCCCGGACCCUUUCAGCAGUGCGGAUAGUCCCGUGGGCGCCACCCCGCUGGACAACUCUCCCCCCGAGGAGAGCAUUGCCAUCCUCACUUCAAUGGGCUUCCCUCGCUCUCACACCAUCCGGGCGCUCAAAGCCACGAAUAACAACCUUGAAAGAGCGCUGGACUGGAUCUUCACCCACCCAGAGGAGGAGGAGGAGAGCGACGCCCUUUCCAACAUGGCUGACACGGAGCCCAAUGACAACGCUUUCUCCAAUGCAAACUCACACAGCGACUCCACAUUGUCUCCAGACAGGGAGACGUCGGGACCGCGUGUCAAAGACGGACCGGGACGUUAUGAGCUCUUCGCCGUCAUCAGUCACAUGGGAGCAUCCACAAUGUCUGGACACUAUGUUUGUCACAUUAAAAAAGAAGGCCGGUGGGUGAUCUACAACGACCACAAAGUGUGUUUAUCAGAAAGGCCUCCAAAAGACUUGGGCUACAUCUACUUUUACCAUCGACUAUCAAGCAGUUAAGGUGAUCAUCCAUCAUCUCCCCUUAAACCAAUGAACCACAGUCAUCCAUCCACCUGGGAGAAUGGCUCCCAACAGUACCCACAACCUCAGUGGUAACCAUGGAACCGCCACCUCACACCAUCUACCCGCCUUAACCAUGAGGUCAGUGAGGAGCAACUCUGUUCACAAAGGGAAAGUCAUGUGCUCUUAUACUAGCGUUUUGUUCUGUUGAGUUUCAAUGUGCUUGUUGUUGUCUACAGUCACAACAGAGGGACAUGUGCAAUGUUUGGUGCCCAAAACGUAAUGCAACAUCUUAUCCCACUGGUACCUCUGCUUUCAGAUAAUGUCAGUAUUUUCCAAAAGGUACAUUUUGUAUAUGUAUUGUAAUAAGUAAAGAUACUGCCAGAGCUUUAACGCCAUCACGUUUUGAGAUGUCAAAAAUGUGCAAUUAGUUCAUUUAUUUUGUUUAUUUCGGAAUCGGAAUAUAUAGUAUAAUUUUUCCCCCAUCUUUGAAAUUGAUAAAUAUUCGGACACUGGAGAAAGAAUUUCUUCUUUGUGGAUUUAUAAUAGCUCAACACUAACCCAAUUUAAUUUGCUAUUGUGUCACGUUUAGUAACAAAAAGCCAGCACUGUAAGAGUUUUCAAAAUGGAAGGAUUUUUCUUCACUGAAAGCACUUUUUUGCAACAAAAGUAUUUUGCACCCCAAACACAAGCAGAGUCGGAAGUGAAUGUGAUUGUUUAAAAUAUCAACUCCAGUCCAAGAGAGAAACUAUAAGUGAUGUUGAGGUCCUUGCAACUUCACUUUGGGUCCUUUGUAACGGAUUAAGCCAAUGCCACUGCAGUACACAAAAAAGAAUGUUUUCUUCUGCCUGCAAUAUUUUUUUUAUUUGAUUCAUCUAUGCAUAUCAUCAUCAGUGUUUAUGUCCCAAGACAUAUGCAGUACAACCAAACCUACUGGAUUGUAUAGACCUGAAUGUAAAAAUUCAAACAAUAACUCAAAACAUCUGUUGGUUUUAAUACGCUCAAGGUAACACUCGAAAAGAUUGGACGCCCUAUACCAAAACGGUUUGUAAUUACCUAUUGAUGCCACAAGGUGGCAGCAAAGCAUGACUUGUGUCAAAAAAAACUCCUCAACUAACUCCGAUAGUUUACCAAUAUGGUAAUUUUCCAGGCUGAACCAUGAUUAUGUGGGGGUUCAAUGUACACCGACCGUAUUUCCUCCGCUUGAGUUUGACUUUCUGAUUUGGGGGGGAGCAUAUAGUGAUUUCUUUUCUCUGUUUUUUCAAGAUUUAUUUCAAGUGUU